AUGGACGCCAAGAAACGUAGAAAAUUGAAAAAUGCUGAUUCGCAUAAUGCAGCGUUGCAACCAUCACCAUUUGAGCUGGAAGUGUGCAAAUACUUGUACAGAAAUCUUCAUUCAGAAGAAGGUCGACUUGCUGGAUGCCGAGUCAAUUUCUUUUAUGCAAAUGCUGCUAUCGAGUGCCUCCUGCAGUCACCCUGGGCUAAAGUUCAAUCUAAGGACCGAGACGUGAAAUCUCCACAAUUCUCAAAUUCUGAUUUGGCUGUUCGUUUUAUGGAGAAACUUGUAGAUAAAAAUUUGAUAGGAAGGUAUAGGGCAAUUAAGUGCAAAAGAAAGACCCAAUUAAAACGGAAAGAAGACGAAAAAAAAGUUAAAGCCCGAAAAAAUGCCGAAUCAAAGGACGCCGACAAGAAAGAAGCAACGAGCUCUGCCACUACCUCUCCUUCGGAAAAAUCAGCUACGACCACAUCGACAAUCAAGUUGAAGAACGAGAAGGCUUCCGUUACUAGCGGAGAAUCAUACAUUUCUUUUCUUUUCUCAUCUUCGUCAUCAACGAGUGCGAAACGGAAAAAACCGGUGCGCCUAGAAUACGCUCGUGAUCAGAUCUUUGUGUUAAAUGAGGCUGAGGGCGACAAUGAAAAUGUGUACAUAUGGGUCUACGAGGCACCGCCCAGUGCCACGACAUUGUUCCUGGGUCUAGCGCUAAUUAUUGGCGUAAUUGUCUGCUGCGCCUUUCCCAUGUGGCCUUGGCAGGCUCGACAAGCGGCUUAUUACGUCACCCUCGCGGCGCUUGCACUCCUUGGUGCUCUCUUACUCCUGGCUGCUGUUCGAGCCGUACUUUACGUCGUAAUCCUUGUCGGUAGUCUUGGACGAGUACGUUUAUGGAUUUUUCCGAAUUUCUUUGCCGAUUGUGGUUUCAUUGAGUCCUUCCAGCCCUUUUAUUCUUUUGAAGUGGCAGUUUCCACGACCUCCACCCCCUCACAAUAA